CUUUGAUAUGUCGAGGAGCGGCGACGACGCCACGGCCGUCUUCGAGAUGGCCAUGGGCCGCGCGGUGUACGCGAGCCGGCCGGCCUCUGUCGCGAGCUUGAAGGCGCGCGCCAUCGCCGGCGCGUCGUCGGCGCGCGCGACGGCCGAGUUCGCCAGCACCGCGUCGGCGCCGAGCUCCAUCGCCAGGGCCGCAUCCGACGGGCACCUGAGUCCCGCGUCGACGACGACGGGCACGCCCGCCUGCUCGACGAUGACGCCGAUGCACGACGACGCGUCGAUGCCCUGGCCCGAGCCGAUCGGCGAGCCCAGGGGCAUGACCGUGGCACACCCAAUGUCCUCGAGAUGUCGACACAGGACCGGGUCCGGCGAGCAGUACGGGAGCACGGCGAAGCCCUCCUUUACGAGUUGUCUAGCCGCGGCCAGCGUCCCCACGGGGUCCGGUAGUAGGUACGUCGAGUCCGUGAUGACCUCGAGCUUCACAAAGUUGUUGUCGUCCUGGCCCAGGGUUUUUGCUACUUCUCUUCCUAGACGCGCGACCCUCACAGCGUCUUCCGCGGUCGUGCACCCGGCCGUGUUCGGCAGCAGCCAGACCUUGUUCCAGUCGAUGGACGUCUCCAGCAUGCUCGUGACGGCGCCCUCGACGCGGCGCACCGCGACGGUCACGACCUCGGCCUCGGACGCCGCGAUGGAAUCGGCCAUGUCCUGCGCGGUCUUGUACUUGCCCGUGCCCAGGAACAGGCGCGAGUUGAACGUCUUGCCGGCGAUCACGAGCUGGUCGUUGCUCGGUGGUGCCACUGUCAGUGGGCUGCGGCGCGUCGCCGUGGCCGAGAGGGCGCUGGCGGCGCUGAGCAGGCUCAGGGUGGCGAGGCGGCGCGGCAUCAUCCGUCGAGUCGUUCUGUGGCUGUCGCGGCGUACCGAUGCGAUGUUCUGGGCGCUCGUCUAGGUUAUACCGAAUUGCUCGCGGCCUGUUUUAACAGCCAGCUCUGGACUGCAGCGAGCUGGAGCCAAGAGCACAGCUCACAAACGCGGCGCAGGCGUGCCUACGCUAAUCUACACGCCCGCAGUGGUCCUCACGAC